AUUCGCGGUGAGAUGAGUUCAGAGCAGUACGAGGUUGUGUGCGUAUGCGGCUGCUCUGGCGCGCUCCGUUGCGGGACAAACGGGAGUCGUAAGGGACCAACGGGACUCUCCGCGGGACUAUGACGCUCUGUGGAGGACGCUGGCCCGGUUUUGCACGCUCCUGCAGUGGGGACGCAACUCGGUGAAAGUGUUGAGCUCUGGAGCGAUGGACGGGAGCGAGGGGGACACUUCUGAGCGGGUGCACACUCUGAGCGUGGCGGCCUACCUGCUCUGCUGGGCCCUGCUGCGCUGGUACCAGAAGCUCCGAUGCCAUGCUGCCCAUCAACAGGCGCGGCAGUCCCUGGAGGGCUCUGUUCACCUGUGUCCCAGCCUGUCCGUGGAAGCCGGGGUCUUUGGGGCUGACUGUGUCGAGCGAGGCCGGAGGAAGGGCUCUGAGGAAGGAGCCAGCCUGACCACCACAGACCCCUGCUCUGCUGCUGGGGCCCGGCCUUACCUCAGCUACAGCCCCUCUUACAGCAAACCCCGCAAGAGGGAGUCUGUCACGGCUAAAGACUACCUCCAACUCCGAGAGGCCAGUGAGACGGAGCACAGCAGCGUCAAGAGGAGGCGUACCCCAGAUGUGGACCCCGAGCUGUCUUUGAGAGCUGCUGAUCUGUGCUCUGUGGAGAUAGAACCAUGCAUAGUUCACCCCCAAGAGACAAGAAACAGCUUACAUUCACCAACUUUGGAAUUCAUUGACAAAACUGAUCCUAAAACGAACUCUGCUUCUCAGGUCCACUCUCCCGAUGCAUUCUCUAUAGACGUCGAAUUCUUCCAGGAUGAGACACAGUCCAAUGGAAUCAAAACCAACUGCAAGGUGCAAAAAGAUAGCUUAGCACCUUCAAAUCCAAGCUAUACGAACUACAUAAAGGAUGCUGCCCUAGAAUGCACUGAUUCUAAGAACAUUGUUGCAAGUGUCUCUAAGGCAAAUGACACAACUCCAGCAAAGAAACCCGAUCUCGGCAUUGGCGCGUCGGCGUGUACAGUGGAUGUUUACCGCUUCCCAGUUCAGAGCGAGGGAAGCCCCAGUGAACAGGUGUCAGAGAGCCCCCCGCAGGUCUGUCCCCAUGGAACAAAGCCAUCGCGGGACGGGGCCGUGGUGUCAGAUGGCGAGGGUGUAACCGAGAGGAACAAGCGACCAGGGACCGUCAAUGAGAUAGCCUCUUCCAUUACGUUUGCGCAGGGCAUUUCAUUCAGCAAGGAAAGGGAGGGGAGACUAGCUUGUAGCGGUUCAGAUCAGGUUGAGUCUGAGAAAUUUCCAGAGAAUAAUAUUGUUGACAGUUUUUUAAAUCAUUAUCUUAUGGACAAUGAGGUGGAGGCGUCAAACAGUCCGAACAACAGUAGCAACAGUGUCACAGAGAAGUUGUUUGAUAAUUUCCCCCAAGUAGAAUUUCUUAACAAUUUGACAAAUCACAAAAAAGAAUUAGAAUAUGAGGAUUUCAGUCACGAAGUUGAAAUUGUCCGCAGAGCAUCCAGAGCUGAGAGUUCUCCGGUUCUCUCAUCCCGAAGGAAGCCUGCUUGCCGUCACAAGUCUGGAACCUAUUUUGGAAACUGA